AUAGAGGACGACGAACUGGUCGAAGUGGAACGGGGACGAUUUCGUCUUCCUUUUCAGUCCGAUUUUUUUUUCUAACUGGUCUACAGACGACCAACUGUCUUGUAAUUUAAACUUAAAUACUCGUAAAGGAGUGUCAGCAUGAAGUCGUUGUGGGGCUUUGCCGUCAUUUUAUUAGUUUUUUCCCAGGCUAGUGCUCGGACAGCGGGCUUCGUCAAAUCGCCCCUGUCCCAGAUGAAGCUGGUGGAGGACAGUGCGGAGCUGCAUUGCGAGGUCAUAGGGAACCCCAUCCCCGAGGUGCAGUGGUGGUUUAUCGAGGGGGAGGAGCCGCAGGAAACCUUCAUCCAGCUGUUUGACGGGGCGCGGGACGACCGCGUCCGGAUCAACGCCACCUACAUCCACCACGCCACCAGCACCUUUCACCUGUUCAACCUCACGCUCAACGACACGGGCGUAUACGAGUGCCGGGCUUCCAACGACCCCGACCGCAACGACCUGAACACCCCGCCCAAAGUCAAGUGGAUCCGCUCGCAAGCUAAUAUUAUAGUGUUCGAAAAGGCUCUGAUCCUGACUGAGCCGACAGAGGUGGUCAAUAAAACCUCCGCGGUUCUGAAAUGCAACCUGACCAACCCGGCGGGCCCAGUGAAAGGCGUGUACUGGACCAAGGAUGGGAAGACCAUCGAGAGCACGGUGUCUGACGUUCCUACGACAUACACGGAGUACAACCUCACAUCCAUUAAUCACCAAGCGGGAGGCAAAUACGCCUGUGUCUUCCAGACUGAGCCCCAGGCAGAGGAAGUAAUUGAAGUCAAAACCCAGCCCCAUGUCUAUGCCAAGAAGGCCUCAGAGCAUGGCAAUGAGAAAGACAAAGGUGUGCUGGAGUGUCUGAGUCACAGUUACCCUCUGCCCACCGACUGGGCCUGGUUCGUGAAGGUGGGCGAUGCUGGCGACAAAGCGCUGAUUGCCAACGGCACCGACAAGUACGAGAUCAAGAGCACUCCAAACAAGACCACCCUGUACAUCAAUGACCUGGACAUUAACCAGGACAUGGGUGUGUACCAGUGCUACGGUAAGAACGACAUGGGCGAAGGCAUCGCCGAAAUCCAGCUGCGCGUCCGCAGCCGCCUGGCUGCCCUCUGGCCCUUCCUCGGCAUCGUCGCCGAAGUCAUCAUCCUCAUCACCAUCAUCUUCAUCUACGAGAAGAGGAGAAAGCCUGAUGAGAUCAAUGACGAUGACGACUCAGGGUCUGCUCCACUGAAGAGCAACGUUGCCACAAACCACAAAGACAAGAAUGUCAGGCAAAGGAAUUCUAACUAAGCAAGCCGAAGUCCUGAUGACUACUAUACUACAGUAAAGAAGAGGAUUAAAUUGCCGCGUAGCACAGUACAUCCUGUGCCCUGCAGUUUGAAAAUGAUUCUGUUUCUUUUGUUUGUUUUUGUUUGUUUUGCUCGAGUGUAAAUGUCCUUAGAGUAUUGAUCAGUUUCUUUUAACCUUUUUCUUUUUUUUCUCUGAUAUUCCUCUCCGUUAGGGCACUGCAGGCAAAUGUGUGUGUGUGUGUUUUUUUGUUUUUUUUUUAAAUAAAAGCCAGGGGGAGGAAUUGGAGAGGGAGAGUGAAGGUGGUGGUGGUGGGUGUUUGAGGGUGGGGGUGGGGGGGCAGGGUCUGAGAGUAUUGCAUGAUUGUGUUAUUGCUGUCAUACACGUGUUAGUGGGGAGAGAGAAAAAAAAAAAAAGGAAACCCUUUGUAACCAUGGGGAACGGCCUGUCGGUGAUGGUUUGUGUGGCUUCCUCCACUGCUUUCCACACAAUUCCUUUAGCCUGUACUAUAACAUCUUUAAAAACAACAAAAAAAAAGAAAACAAAAAAAAAAAAAAGAAAAAGAAAGCAAGCCUCUGUUUGUAUUCUUCACCGUUCUAACGCAUGGGAUGUGCUGCAAAAUGUUUUGAUGUGUCGAGUUCUCUUAGCUGUGUCUCUUCACAGGACUGUAGCAGAAACAGUGAAUGACCGAAAUCAAUGGAGUCUGUGGUCGAAAACCACAGGUCUUCUGAUGGUGGUGGUUUCUCUUUUCUUUUCUUUUCUUUUUUUUCUGUUCUACCUGCAGUCCUUGUUUCCUGUAAGCCUUAAAGUCAAUCCACUACUAAUGUGUGUGCUAUAUUUAACAUAAAGUUGUAGAAAUGUUUUGAAUUAAAUAUUCAAUGCAGCACCCACCUUGGUCCUAAUGUCACGUACGUUUUUUUUCCCCCUCCCCCCAUAUUUUUUUCCCCCAUGAAAGGACGGGAAGGUGUUGGCUGCAUGUGAAUGCGCACUGUUUGAGAUUAGAAUGGCAAAACUGUCCUAUUUUGUCGUUUGCUUACCUAUUUACAUUUCAGUGUCAUAAUUAAAAAAAAAAAAGAUUUUUUUUUUUCUGCUGUUGUUGUUUUAACAAGACUCAACGGUUUCCAUAGCUAAGUAUUCCGCAAUAAUCCUCGUGAAAAGGACCAAUUUUAACGCUAAAGGAGUCAAAUUCCUCUCCACGUCAUCCGAAACCUCGUCUUUUAUCCCAAAAGAAAUAGACACGGAAUUUGGACAUUUUUUUUAAUUUAGACGUUUCUAAUUUUUUACAUUUUAACAGAAGUCCGUGAAAAUUGAUCUAACAUUUAGUGAAGGUUCUUGAUGUGCUUGUUAAUCCUCACCUGUAGAAAAGAUUCAGGAGCCAUACUUUACGAUAAUGUGUUUAGUAUCGUGACUGAAUGCGUGCCAUUUCAAAGUUUUAAGACGUUUGUUGAAGUGUUAAAAAAAGAUGAUAAUAAUAAAAUAAAAACCUCGAUAGAAGUGUAUAAACUUUUUUGCCUUAGCAACAUAGCAAAUCUGAAACACUGUCGUCUGUACGGGCUUGCACAAUCAGAAUAAAAGUUAUUUGAUUUUA